GAAGUGACAAGCAUUGUUAAAAACCACUUGAGCUUUUGUUUAUUUGCUUUUGAGCACAUUUACAUGAGUUUCUUUUAUGUUAAAAACCAUGCACAACGAUGAAAAAGACUUAGACUACCGCAAUAAAAAGCAGCCUUGUAGGUAUUAUUUAUUAUGGCAGCCUCAGCUUGUGAUAUAGAAGAAUUCCUUACAGGACCCCUUGUAAAAUGGCUCUCUACUUGUGUCAAGAGGCCCGAAACCUUGCAAGUAUACGAAACAUUUUUCGACGGAGCCCCAAUCAACGAGGUGCUUCUUCAAAUAGACCCCGAACCGUCGCAACCAGUGCCUUCCACUUCAAAUUUACAAGGUCUCAGUAUAACGGCAGCUAGGACGAAGAUCUUCCAUUGCAUUAUAAAGAAUAUAAGAACUGUGUAUGAAGAUGAAUUGGGACAGAUCGUAAUUUCUGUUCCUGAUUGUGUGAUAUUGGGCAGAGCACCUGCUUCUCAUACAGCUCUAGAGCAGCUGAAGCUGUUGAUUUUGCUCUUGCUAGGGUGUGCAGUGCAGGGGCCCACAAAGGAGAUAUUUAUAUCCAAAAUUAAGGAGCAAUCUCUUGAUGAUCAACAUGACAUUGUUGAAUGUAUUAAAAGGGUUACUGAUGACCAAUGCAUAGUCCUCACCCUAGAUUGGACAGAUCAAGAGCCACAGAAACUAUACUACCACAUAAGAAAUCUUACAGGAGAAAGAGAAAAACUGGUUCAGCAAUGGGUCACAGAUUUAGGCCAGGAAACAACAUCUUUAGGCUCUGCACAAAAUGCAAGCAACCAGGGAGUAGAGUCAAACCAUUUGGCUGUGGAGCUGGCAGAUUGGAAAGCCAGGAUGAGGAAACAGAGACAGGAACUGGAGGAAAAGACUGAAAUUUUAGCAGAAUGCAAGGAAGAAUUGGAACAUGCCAAGAAUUUGGUAGCAAAACUUAAAUCUGAUAAUUCGGAAUUACUAACAGAAGCCAGAAGAGUGAAAGCUUACAGAGAUGAAGUAGAUUCUAUGAGAGAGAAAAUUGAAAGGGCAGACAGGCUGGAAAUUGAAGUCCAACGUUACAGGGAAAGACUUGCAGAUGCAGAAUUCUAUAAAGUUAGAGUGGACGAACUUAGAGAGGACAAUAAAGUACUUUUGGAAACCCGGGAAAUGCUGGAAACUCAGUUGGCAAGGGCGAGGCAAAGAGGCGAUCAUAUGUUGGAGUUAGAAGCAGAGUUGUUGACCGCAAAGCAAGCAAUCAAUGAUAUCGUGCUGGAGAGAGAUGCAGCUAAAGAAAAGAUCCAGGAGCUACUAGAUGAAAAUCUACAACUUCAGCAGCUCACUAAGGCUGCUCUUCAAGAAUCCACCUGUCUUAACACCUCUCUCGAUUCAGAUAUAGAAGAAUCAAACUCAGGUGAUAACAGCUUGUCAGAACAACUCACCAGUAAUGCUCAGGCGCGAGCUUUGAAGCUUGAACUAGAAAACAAACGCCUAUUAUCAACCAUAGAUGCUCUAAAAGAGAACAGUUUCUUAGAAAGUGCUAGUAAGAUCUUAGAACUGGAAAAGGAGAAGAAAAAAUUGGCGAUUAGGUGUGAGCAGUUGGAGGAAAGCUGUGACAGGCUGACUCAGCAGAAUGGAGAACUGGAGAAUCUGUUUAAGAAUGCCAUACAGGAGACUAGAAAAUUACAAGACUCCUUGGAAACUCAAAAGGUUAUAUCUGAGAGGCAGAACCAAGAACUGAGCAAUGAACGUGCCCGUAUUGGCGAAAUGGAAAACAACAUCGAGCAUGUUACAAAAGAAAAGCAAAGAGUUCAACUUUUGUGUGAUACGAUCAAAAAACGCGCUGAUGACGCCGAAAAAUCUCUUUCUGAAGUAUCUGAACAACUUUUGGUUCUUCAAGCAGAAUCUGAUAAGUGGAAAGAGUUUGAAAAGUCCGCCAGUAAGAUGAAAGAAAGGGUAGAGAUGUUGGAGAAGGAAAAUAACAACAUGACGAAGGAGAUUGGUAGGCUGAAAGAGGUUUUAGAGACUAAAGAUGUGUGUGUUGAUGAGUACACAGACAAAAUUAACAGGCAAGAGAAAGACAUCGAACGAAUGACCAAAGAAAAUAAAGACUUGAAUAUACAGGUAGAAAAGUUGCAAGAACUAGAGAAAAAAGCUCAAGAAUUAAUUUCACAAUCUUCCAUUAAUAAGGAAACAAUAGCGAUGCUGCAAAAAGAUCUCGUUAACGAAAAAGUUACCAGUGAGAAACUGAAGAACAAUCUGGAUAAGUUGGGAUUGAAUGCCGAGGUACUGGACCAUGAUGUUGCCGUUGUGAUAGAGAAGAUGUUGGAUAAUAAUGAAUUAUUGAAAAUUAUUGGUCCUAUGGUGAAAGAUCUCCUGGGAGAAACUGAGAUGGUAAGACAGAGCGUAGUGGAGGAAAGAGACAACCAGUGUGAAAAGCUUCUGGCAGAGAUAUCUAACCUACAAAUAUCCAAUGACAUUCUACAAAAUGAAAACGCAACAUUAAAAGUUGACGUUUCCACCCUAAGGUCCCAAAUUAACUCCCUACAAACUCAACAGACAGCUCUGCAGCUCGCUAACAGUCAAUUGGUGGCUGAAAAAGAUGAGUUAUGUAAAAAACAGCAACUACAAAAUAACCAACAUGACACUCUUCUGUUGGACCAAGUGACCCUCAGAACCAUCCACGAACAGCUAAGUUUGGAGUAUGAGGAAGCCAAAAACGAACAAGAGAACCUCAAAAAAGUUGCGAGAGACUUACGAUCAGAAAUGAGGUCUAUCAAAGAAAGGAAUAGUAAUUUGGAAAGCAAAAUCGCCGAUCUGGAAGCCGAGAAGGAUAUUUUAAAGAAUGACGCUAAGAGUUUAGGAAAUUUGAGAGCAGAACAUUCAAAAUUGAAGGACGAUUUUAGAAACCUCUUCACGGCCAGCGAGAGACUAAAACAGGAAUAUCGAGCUGUACAAGAAGAAUUAAAAAAUUUGCGAACUGAAUCCAGAAAUCUGAGGCUGGGCAGAACAGAAAUGCAGGGCGAGCUCAAUCUUAGGUCCGACAGAAUGGCAGGUUUACAGUUAGAUAAUGCCAAGCUGCAGCAAAAAUGUGACAUGUUAUUUGAAAUGAACCACUCCUUGGACUCUGACAGAAGAGCACUCAUGGACCACGUUUCGCAGCUCCUAUCCCAAUAUCACUCUCUUCUAACCCAUUCGCUAGAAGACAAACAACACUACCACAUUGAAGAAAAACUUUACACCGACAAAGUCAAUAACCUAUGUAGACAAAAAGAAAAGCUAGAGGAGAAGAUUAUGGAACAUUAUAGGAAGCUCGAUAACGCAUCUUCUAAAAAGAAAGGAUUUGGUGCAACAUUGGUACGGAGAGUAAGAAAAGCUGGUUCAGAUAUCAUCAACAAAGUACCAAGUCGAAAUCGAAGAUCUUGGCAUGAAGAUACAGCAGCUCGAUUGACCCAAUCUCAGCUCACUCUUUUACAUGACGGGUCUGGAGAAUCUAACGGCAAUAAUUCGGAUAAUAGUAACGAAGAAACUCCUGUACAUAGGGUGGAACCUUUCAAGAGGAGUGUAUCAGGUGGGGGAAGCCUUCAUGGCCAUAAACCAAGGGAUGAGGUGGCCAUGAGGAGGUCUUCAUACAGAGACUUAACGUCUCAUAGAAAUAGUGUCGCUGGCGAUCAAAUGUUCACGCAAGACCCCAAUUUGAGCCUCGGCUCAGUAGGUACCCGUCGUACCGUGUAUCUCUCGGAAGAAGACAGCACUCCGGUACCACCUUUGCCGCCAAACAACCGCACGUCCAACACCCCUCCUAUGCUGGUAUACAACAGGAUUUCUACAGUGAUCGGGGAACCCCAACGAGUAUCUACGCCCCAACCGCAACACACCGAAGAAGUUACUAAGGAAACGGCCAAUGGGGAGAGGGAGAAGCCCGCGAAAAGCGCCAAGGAGACGGCAGUAUGGUAUGAGUACGGGUGUGUCUGAUAGAUCAAUGGAAACUAGAGGAAAUGUAUUUAUUUUUGGAGCAUUUAAAAGAGGGAAGAGAUAGAUUUUAAAAAUGACAAGAAUUGAAAAUGUUAAAAACAAUUUUUUAUACUGAAACUGAAAAUACCGAAAUUUUUUAGAAGUUGAGAAAUAAAUUUUCAAUUUUUGUUGGUUUUUUCAACAAAACAAUCAAAAAUUUCGACUGUGAAAAAGUAUUUCCGAUUAAAUUCGACAAUACCAAAAUUUAGCUAUAAUUAUUUAUAAUGCUGCUGCUAAAAAUGUUUUUAUUAUAUAAGGAGCAACGUUUAGACCAUAAGUGUUCCAUAUUUUCGAAUAAUCGCACUUUUAACACAUACGUUACACAUUAUUUUCCUAUAAACUCCGGUAAACUAGUCAAUAACAAAGAAAUCAGAAAUUCUGGAACUGGUAACUGACUUGUUAUCAAUUACUUGGCUUUCAAUGUUAUUAAUGGUAAUUGGAGGGAUCAGAAUACAAGUGAACCAAGUUCAUUUUAUCUACAUUUGAGCUACAGAGGUUUAAAGUUAAAGCUUCCUAACAAAAUUACCUGUAAACAUUUUUAAAAGUAUAUAUUCAAGAUAAAAAGGUCAAGAAGUAACUUAGACAUUUACAUUGCUUUUAUUGGAGAAAUUUCAUGUAAUAACCCCAAAAAAUGCAAAAGUGGACGGUUCAAAUAUAUUCUGAAGAAUUUUAGGAUAAUGGACCAACACCCAAGUGUUGUUAAUACACUUUAUUUUUUACAUCUACUUGGAGAUCAUAUUAGAAAUAUUAAAACACUUUUUUAGGUGAAAUUAAAAGUUAAUUGACAAAAAAACGAAUCGUCGGUGUUAUUUCCUUCAGUCGCUUCGUUGUCCUGAGUUUGACUAGUUGGCUGAUUCCCUGAAAGGUUUCUGAAGUAUCCAUGAUGAAUAGGGGUAUGGAAGGCAGCAGAGGCAGCAUGUCUCCCUUUUUUUAAAUCAUUUGUCUUGUGGUUGGGUAAAGCUGACCCUGCUGUACAGUCUACAAGGUUUGCACUUCCACGGGCUUUCCAGGCAUUUUUUUACUGUACGGUUUCCAGAUUUCCAAGGUUACGAACUUCGAAAUUUCACUGAAAGAUUUAUUUUUAUUUGGAAAGCCGCUCCUUUUUUAAACCUCAACCAUCGUAUUAUAAGCCAAUUGAUUUGCCUACAUUCAGUGUCCUUUUCCUGUUUGUGAUUGAAUCUUCGAGAGGUUUUGUGCUUAAAAACUCUUCUCGUUGUAAUUUUACAACUUCAAACUGAGGCUUUUUCACUUUUGUAGUUUUAGUGAUAUUGUACCAGUCAUCAGUCACAUUGAUGGUCCUAAGUUUCUUGGCUGCUCUCUCUAUUAAUCCGAAUUCAGUAUCAUUGGGAAUGAAUGAGUGGCCUGGUAUCAUAAAUUUUAAAUCAAUUGUUUCGACAUCCAAUAGAGGGGCUCGAACAAGUUUCAGUAGAGUAUGGCUAGUUUUUAUAUUCCUCUUUUGUUCAGUGCAUGAGUCAGAAAACAUAACGUUGUCUUUGAACGACCUAUCAUGUUCAUACAAAUGUUCCCUAAACCACGAAACUAGAUCUUCAGAACCCGUUUCGCCAAUAGUCUUAUCCUAGAUGUGAAUAUAGGUAUAUAUGUAACAAGCGAGUCUUCUACAGCUGGCGCCGCUUCUCGCAUCCUAAUUUCCAGCGUUUUCUGUCGAAGCAAUCUUCAGUUGUUAGAUCUCUGGCGGUCAUUGCAUCGUCGACAUCGUCUCUCCAGGAUCGUCUUGGUCUACCUCGUUUUCUUCUAGUUGGCGGAGUCCAUUCUUCUAUUUUUUUGGCCAUCUAUUUUCCGGCAUUCUCUGAAGGUGUCCAUACCAGUUAAGUCUUUUGGCUUCGAUUGUGUCUAUUAUGUCUAGAUCGAUUUCCAUUUCUCUCCGAAUAUCUUCGUUUCUCACCCUAUCAAGUCUAGUGAGCUGGCAACAUCGUCUCCAGUAAUUCAUUUCCAUGAAUAUAGGUAGUGUUGUUAUUAAAACAAUGAAUGCCAAAGUUGUAGAUAUAAAGUAGAGGUAAUGGAUUUUAAAAAGAGCUAUGAGUCAUGCCGAUUUAGCACAAAAGUUUACCUGUUAUUUACAAGGUCACAGCUCUUGUCAAAAUCCAUUACCAUUAAGCUAGUUGUAAAUUUGGGAAAAGAAUUUCAAAUGUGCAAACAUAUUGGUCCUGCGGGGCUUCCGCGGCAUCUUUUUUCAGUUCUGCUCGCCUUAAGUGCAGUUCUCUUUCUAACUUUAAGUCGGCUGUUCUUUUCAAUAGUUUCAGCACGGAUUAUUAAAAUAACUUGUCACAGUUGCUGCAAGUGUCCUUUGAAGGAGGUUUAAAGUGCAAUUUAAAUUUUUGGCUAAAGAUUUGGUAGUGAUAUUUUUCUUUCACAGGAUUUCUGUUCUCACAUUUCUGUUUGUAUAAUUCAUACAUUUUUUUAAUAUUCAAAUC